AUGGCACCGAAGGCAAAAUUGUCCGACAAGAGUAGGGACAAGCAGAAAGGCCUGGAAGUCUUCAGUGAGUCCGCCAUGAGGAAUAACUUCAGCUCUCUGGAAUACAGUAGGCGUGCCAAGCAGCAUUCUGGAAUGGCUGAGCAGGCCUUAUUUUGGGAAGCGAAGGCUGGAUUCGAGUGGAGGUCGUACUUUCUUGAUCGUACUCUUUCAGUGACACAUUCAAUCGUUGGUGGUCUUUUCACGUACAUUCUAUUUUGGGUAUUUCUUUAUGGAAUGGUGCAUGUAUAUUAG